AUGGGAUGCUCCCCGAGCGCUUUGCUCGACCACAUCCAGAGGGAACCAUCAUCGCACUCCGACAGGGAGAAGGUCCAGGUGUCCAAGAACUCCGUCGGGCUCGUCCUCGCGAGCCCCCCUCAAACGACCGCUGUCAAAGAUUCGAAACGUGGAAAAAAGUCAAACAUGCAAUUUUUCCCUUUUAAAGAUACUACGAGGAGCGUUCUGCAUAGGAAAAGUUCGCUGGCUCUAACACCGGAAGAGGAACCGUUAGAAUUGCAUAAAGGCGUGCAGGAAACGAAGCUCGGACAAAUCGUACCUCCCAGUCGAAGUUUGAAAGCUUUGAUCGUGUUCCCGACGCUCGACCAAGCCGCCGAUACCAUCACCAAAGCCUGCGAGAGAUUGGGUUUCGAAUUGACUUCCUCCAACGCCGAUAAUUCAGCUCUCGAGGAAUACCAGCAGAAAUUACACGAUCUCGUCGUCGUCGAUACCAGAUUACCCAAAAGCCUCAACUACGACACUUUAUGUCGAUCGAUACGGAACACCAAAGGCAAUCAACAUACCGUCGUCGUGGCCGUUGUCAAAAGAAGCGCGUUCGAAAAAGAUGAUAACACGAUAGUGUCUUUGCUGGAAUCAGGUUACAAUAGGUGUAUAGUGGAGACUGCGAAUAUCGUGGCGUGCGUUAACGAGAUGAUCAUGCUGAGGCACAGCGAUGUUAGACCGAUGGCCAAUCAGGCCACCACCCAGGGGCUCUAUUCGGCGUUGGAUAGAUGUAAAGACGUCGUCGUGAUAACCGAUGACAAUUACAAAAUCCAGUACGUGAAUCGAGCGUGCGAAAAACACCUGGGCAUCAGGCAGGACGAGGCUUUAGGUAAGACGGUGCAGGACCAGCUCAUACUGGAUCCGGUGCAAGUCGGUUCGAUCGGUUCCUCGUUGCUGAGAGGUAAGGAAUGGCAGGGUAACGUUACGCUCAAGAAGAAACCCCUGGAUACUAUACUGGCUUCGUGCAAAGCGGCUCCGUUCGCUUGCGCAGGACGGAUUCCCACGCAUUUCGUAAUGGUGUUCGAUUUGAACCCGUCGGAAACGUUGAACACGCUGCAACAGUCCAGGGGCAGCAUACAUUCGCUCAGAAGGGGUUCGACGGACGUCAGGAGCGUCGGUAGCGAUUUCCUGCGGAGGACGUCUCUGGCCAAAUUGAACGCCUUGCCACUCGAGGCGCCCAUCACAAAGGUAGUAAGUCUGAUCGAUCAAGCGCGCGAGCACUCCAACCAGAACCCCGCCAUUGUCCAAUUACUGGACAAAGUCGAGGAUAUAUUGAAGAGUUCCGAACUGUACUCGACCUACGUGAAGGAGGAUUUGCGGAUCAAAUCCGACGAGCCGGUCGUUUCCGAUUUAAUCACCGCCUUGUUAUCGAAACAACCUCAACCGACGCUGAGCGGCUCGUCCAGGCGCAGCAGCAACGACUCCUCGGUGUUCCGGCAAUCCAGAAGCGGCUUACCGAAGGCUCCGGCCGUCAUCAAGGACCUGCUCGACACCUGUCUAUCGUGGGACUUCGACAUCUUCCGGCUCGAAGACCUCACCGGCCACCGGCCGCUCCAGUACCUCGGCAUGACCCUCUUCCAUCACUUCGACGUCGCCAACGUGCUCAAUUGCGACGAGAAGACCCUCCACAAUUGGCUCACCGUCAUCGAGGCCAACUACCACAGCGAGAACACCUACCACAACAGCACCCACGCCGCCGACGUCAUGCAAGCUACCGCUGGAUUCUUGGAGAAGGACCGCAUGAAAUCGAUAAUGGAGCAGCUGGACGAGGCGACGACUCUGAUAGCGGCUGCUGCGCACGAUUUGGACCAUCCGGGGAAGUCCAGCGCGUUCCUGUCGAACUCCGAUAACGCCCUGGCCAUUUUGUACAACGACGUGACCGUGUUGGAGUCGCAUCACGCCGCUAUUACCUUCAAACUAACCUUAGGCGACGAACGGAUCAACAUCUUCAAGAAUCUGGAUAGGGAAACGUACAAGAUAGCCCGAUCGAACGUGGUCGAUAUGAUUUUGGCCACCGAGAUGACCAAGCACUUCGAGCACCUCGCCAAGUUCGUCAACGUGUUCUGUCCGAAAUCCUCCAGCUCCGAUCUCGAGGGCGACGCGGGCGAUUACGCGCCUCUGUCGGUGCCCGAGAACGUGACCCUAGUCAAACGGAUGAUGAUCAAAUGCGCCGACGUUUCGAAUCCCACGAGACCUCUGCGUUUGUGCGUGGAAUGGGCGCGUCGGAUCACCGAGGAGUAUUUCCAUCAGACCGACGAGGAGAAGCAGCGCGGCCUGCCGGUGGUGAUGCCGAUGUUCGACAGGCACACCUGCUCCGUGCCCAAAUCGCAAAUCGGCUUCGUCGAUUACAUCAUCAACGACAUGUUCGAGGCUUGGAACGCUUUUAUCGAUAUGCCGGAGUUGUUGGCGAACAUGCGACAGAAUUACAUCAGAUGGAAGGAGAUGGACGAGCAAGGUCACACGUCUUUAGUGGACAUCCAAAGGCUGCAAUUGACGCCGUUGAUGACGCCCAUAUUUUCUCCCAAAUCUUUUAUCUUAAAUCUUUCAUUACUUUAA